AUGGCUAGUGAGAAUCCCGACGAAAAUUGGAAGGCUACAUUAAAUCUUCCUGAAAAAGAUUCUCGUAUAAAAACUAUCGAUGUAGCUCGGGCUGAGGGUAUCGCUUUUGAAAAUUACGGACUUAAAAUCGAAUUGUUGAAGGGUAUCUAUGAGAAAGGUUUUGAAUAUCCCUCUCCUGUACAAAGAUCUAGCUUACCAGCUUCAUUAGAAGGCAGAGAUAUUAUUGCACGCGCCAAAAAUGGAACUGGGAAAACAGCAGCUUAUUGCAUUCCUAUUUUGAAUUCCAUAGAUACUUCCUCCACCGAGAUUCAGGCUUGCAUUUUGGUUCCAACAAGAGAGCUUGCACUUCAAACUAGUCAGACUUGCAUUGAACUAGCCAAACAUAUGCAAGUGAAGACUAUGCUACUAAUUGGUGGAACUCAAUUAAAGGACGAUUUAAUUCGACUGGCCCAGACUGUUCACUUACUAGUUGGUACUCCUGGACGAUUAAUUGAUCUUAUGAAUCGGGGACAUAUUCGCUUAAAUCACUGUAAAGUCAUUGCUCUUGAUGAAGCCGACAAGUUGCUGUCGGAUGAACUAAGAAAUAAUGUGGAACGGAUUUUGGUUAAUUGCGCCCCAAAACGACAGAUUCUUGUAUAUUCAGCAACUUAUCCCGUUGUUGUAGGAUCAUUUAUAUCAAAGCAUCUUAAAAACCCUUUCGAAAUCAAUCUCAUGGAGCGUCUUACGCUUAGAGGAAUCACAGAAUACUACGCCUAUGUACAGGAAAGAUAUAAGGUUCAUUGUCUCAACACUCUUUUUUCCAAACUUCAAAUUUCGCAAGCCAUUAUAUUUUGUAAUACUGCUCAACGUGUGGAACUAUUAGCAAAAAAAAUUACCCAGCUUGGUUAUUCCUGCUUUUACAUUCACUCCAAGAUGUCACAAGACGACCGCAACAGAGUAUUCCAUGAUUUCCGUAGUGGUAUUUGUCGAACACUUGUCAGUACAGAUCUCUUCACCCGCGGUAUCGAUAUUCCAACUGUAAAUGUGGUUAUCAAUUUUGAUUUCCCAAGAUUCGGUGAGACAUAUCUUCAUCGAAUUGGCCGUUCUGGUCGGUUCGGCCAUCUUGGUAUUGCCAUUAAUUUGGUCACAGAAGCCGAUAGAAUGUCUUUGAAGAACAUCGAGCGUGAGCUAGGUACAGAUAUUAAACCAAUUCCAAAGGAGAUCGAUAAACGCCUCUACGUUGCCGAAUUCCAGAACGAAGCCAAUUUGGACAGUGAAACCAAAGCUGCUCUUUGUCAAGGCAGGCUUUAUGAUAUCCCCCCUUGGGAUAAAACUAGUAAUACCAACAAUGGUAAAGAGUAG